GAUUCCGAAAGAAUCUCACAGCUGUCAAUAUUGAUAUCGUCAGUAUUUAUCGUGCAGGCAUUGAUACAUUUUUUAUUUCCUUUUCGUUUGCCUGUUGUAUAAGGUACUGGGAUAUUGCUAUCGAUUUGUGUACGGAAUUUUCAGAGGCACGGAUAAUUAGAUGGAAACAUUAAUUGGUAAAGAUGUGAUCCAAUGCAGUUGACUGUUGUUCCAUGAAUCUGUAAGGCUGAACACACUGUACUGAAAAGUUGAAUGAUUGAGCUGUUCCUCUUUAUCACUAGCCAUGAAGAUAACACAGUUUGAAAUCAAGUUUGAGAGCCAGCAGCCAGUGUUUGAUGCUGGCUGUGAAAUCAUCGGACAUAUUAUCCUAAAUUUAGAAAGACCUAUGAAAAUGAGAAGGAUAACAAUCUACUUUGAAGGAAAAGGAAAGUCUUUCUGGGAUGUCCGUUCAGGGAAACACACAACCAAAUACAGAGGUCAUGAAACCUAUCUCAACCAUACCAUCCUUGUCUUUGGCUCGGGGCAAAAUAAUGAUUCUUCGGUGGAACAUCCGGCAGGACAACAUGUAUAUCCUUUCUCACUACAUCUACCAUCAACUAUUCCAUCCUCAUUUGAGGGUCGACGAGGCUAUGUUCGCUAUACUUGUAAGGCAAACAUCGACCGACCCUGGAAAUUCGAUGAAAGUACCAAGAGAGCAUUCACUGUCAUUCGUCAUUUAGACCUUAAUAUGGUACCAAAUGUUUUGAUGCCAGUGAGUUUGGUUGAGCAGGAAACAAUUCAGGGAUGCUGUUGUGAGGAAGGAAAGGUUAAGAUCACUUUGGGGAUCAACAAAAGUGGCUUUGUUCCCGGUGAACACCUCGUGUAUGACAUUGAGGUGGAGAACAAUAGCGAGAAUACCAUCACCUCCCUCAGCUUAGAACUCAAACAGGAAGCGACCUACACCGGAUAUUCUGACAGUCUGUUUUCCUCAGGAAAUCCCCAUUACCAUCAGAAAGUCGAUACGUUUAAUCUUGUCAGUGGGAAUCUGUCCAUCCCCCAAGGAACGACCAAGGCCUUCCAUCAGGCAUCUGUCAUUCCCUCAUUACCACCAUCUAAACUGGAGGGCUGUAAAAUUGUGGAUAUUGCCUACACUGUUGUGCUGAAGGUACCAUGUGGCUGGUCAACAUUGAAGAUCAUGCAAGCAAUCAUUAUUGGGACCAUUCCUGCCCGACAACCUGUAUUUACACCGCCUUCCGUUCCCUCAGCUCCUGGCUUAGAAUUCUCCUCUCUAGGUCCUGAUCCAAGCUUGGAACCACCAGCUUAUUCUGCUCCAGAUGAGCGAGACAAUAUUUGGAUCGGUCCCAAAUCACAAAAAGAACAGACGGCUGAGGUGCGGGUGAAAGUUUGGAACAACUGUACAUUUCCAGUACCAGACUUCGAAUCAUCCUGGAUUUCUAUUACUUCAGGAAAUGUGGCUGACUCGUACAAAGAGGUUGAACACGGAUUGGGAAUCGACCCUGAAUAUGUUUCCGUGCAAGUUAAAGACAGCAACUCAGACUGGUACUCUGAUGGCAUUGGUUCGUCCAUGAGAAGACCGACUUCCUCUUUACAUUGGGGCGGUGUUUUAUAUGGAGAAAACGAUACACACGUUCGGAUCUGGGCACCUCACACAAAUGGCGUGACCAAGCUCGCUCUUGGAUUGAUAAUUGCAGCCUCUUUGAUAACUGCUGCCGGAUGUGGCAUUGCUGGCUAUUUUGGACUAAGAAAACUAAAAAACAGGAAAAAGAAUAAGAUUUCUACUGGGACGUUGCAAUAAGGACAACGUUUAAUUGUGGAAAGGGACACAUGAGUCAUACAAAUCCACUAUUGUGUCAUUGUUCAUCAUUUUACAGAUAAUUUGAGAGAGUUAACAAUCGUGUGCACUAUUAGCAUACAAGCCUCACACUUCAAUUUUUGUUUGCUUUAUCGAACCGAUACUGCAUGUUAAUAACAAGUACUUUAAUAAAAAAAAUCCCAUAUUAAUGAAGUCAUCAGUACUAUUUUUUGUUAUUAUCGUUACCAAAAUAUGUACCGAUAGGAACGACUUUUGAAAAGUUGUAUUCAAUAAAAA